AUGGCAUUAUUGGGUGCAAAUGUUCAAUGCAAUGACAAUUUUCCGAGAUACUAUUCGACUAGGGAGCUCAUCUUUGACUCUGAAGGCAGCACAUGGACCUCAUCUAAUGUUAAUAAUGAACUAAGGACUGAUUUCUGUCACAUGGGACCCUUCCCAUUAUCAUCACCUUCUACCCUUUUAGGCUAUAAUCAGGAGCUUGUGAAGCAGACAAUACUCAAGCAUGAAGCCAUAUUUAAGGAUCAGAUUCGUGAGCUCCACCGUGUUUACCAAAAACAGAGGGAAUUAAUGGAUGAAAUUAAAAGGAGUGAAUUGCAAAAACAAAAUGUAAGGUUGGAGGCAUCAUGGUCUAGUUCUGCUUUGUCAUCUAAAAACGCCGAAAAUAAAUUUUGCACACCAAACCUGCCCUGGUCAGCCUCUCAAUCAUCUGCUUUAUUUGCUGAAAGCAUCCGGUUGCCACCGGUUUUUACUCAAGAAAAAAACAGGCAUAUUUUUCCUGCUCAUGCUUCAACUGUAACCGAAGAAUCUUUAAAAGAUUACAAACUACCAGAGUCCAAAUGUAAAAAAAUCGGGAAAAAGUUGUUGGAUCUUCAACUUCCUGCCGACGAGUACAUUGAUAGCGACGAAGGUGAAGAGAAUGUACCGUUUAAGCUUGACUUAAAUGUACCAUGUAGGCUUGAAGUAGAGCCAGCUGCAAUGUCUAAUGAUGCGGAGGGCCCUGCACAUCAUAUGAACAAUUGUUUGUAUGAUCUAUCAUUGAGAACAAAAUUCGGAUCUCAAAAUUUACGCGUUGAUGUCAUCAACAAAAGACACGAUCUUGAAGGAAGCUCACAUAAUCAACUGCCAGAAAAUGAGAAGAAAUGUGAAUGGAAGUCCUCAGGGUUAGUUGGUGGCUUGUUUGAUUCUUUUGCUAAAGGUAUUAAUACCGAAAAGCAACCUGUUUCAGUUGAUUCACUUAGUAAGAAUAUGGAGCAAUUUGAUGACCUUUCAUGUUUCCAUUCAUCGCAUCAAAUUAACCGAGGACCUUGGACAAAGAGAAAGUUUUGUAGCAGUGAGAGCUCUGCACAGACUCAAUGUCCUACAAGUAACGGUUUGAUUAAGGCAAUGGGGUUGCCUUGUCUUGAAGAAAGUAAAACCUCAACCCAUAUUGAAUCUGUCAAUUUAAAUCCUUAUGAUACAGGAGUUAUACGAGGUUUGAGAUCAAGGGAGAUUGGAGAAAGUAACUUAGGUACAGAGAAGGCUCUUGCAUUUCACAGCAUCGGAAAGCCUUGCAUGUCAUCUGGUCCACAUUCUCUUCAUGACUUCGCUACCGAAUUCUUCCAAAACCAAUCCAAAAAUCAAAGGAUUGAGGAAGUCGAAAAAGGCUGCAUUUCUGUUGUAAAGUCACCUUGUAUUGAUGUGCCUAACUCGGGGGAACUGAUUCCCUCAGGUGAGCAUUUGACUAAGAAUGAGAAGGAGCAGGAAUUUUUGGCAGGUAUUAUCGACCUAAAUUCAAGUAUGAUUGAGGACGAGAAUAUGCCGAUUGAUGUUGAUUUUCAUGCACCCACGAGUCCAGAGAACAAGGAAUGCUCUCCACCCAGAGGAGAAUCUGAUGAAAACCAGCUUGUGACACCCUUUCAAUUUACAAAACAUGAGGAUCACCAUGUGCAAGAAGAGCAAACCAGAAUUGCAGCAGAAGCUUUGGUUUCCAUAUCAGGAUUCGUAGCUCAAAAAGACAUCCAAAUGACAACUUGUUCAUCAUCUGAAUUGUUUAUGAAUAAUCCUCUCAACUGGUUUGCUGCAAUUGUUUCAACAACAGUGGAUCAUUUAGAGAAUGACUAUGAAACCGAUUUCAACGAUAAGGUUAAUGGUCUCAAGGAGUUUCUGUCUGAUGAAAUGGAUUACUUCGAGUUCAUGACCUUAAAUUUGACAGAGAAAGAGGACCUAGAUUGCUGCUGUAAGAGUAUUGACCAAACCGAGCAAAUUGGUGGAUCGAUUUCACCAACUCAACCAAGGAAGAGUGUCCGAACAAAUAGGGGAAGGUGGCGAAAGGAUUUUCAGAGUGAAAUCCUUCCAAGCAUUGCUUCUUUGUCAAGGUAUGAGGUAACUGAGGACCUUCUGACUAUUGGAAGCCUUGUAAGUGCUGGUACUCACUUCGAGACGUGCUCUCAAAGAAAUGCACAUAUUCAUGUACCAAGUAGGGGGAGGAGAAGAUCAUGUACUUCAACCUCUAACACUAAAGACACAGACUUGUUGAACUUGAAACAAAUAACUAGCAUCACUAAAUUGGGAAUUGAGAAAAGGGGUCUAAUAAGUUGGGGAAAGACGUGUAAAAAGCGGAGAGGGAAGAGAUUUCGCAUCACUAAACCUUGGUUUAUUUGA